CUGCGAGGAAGACGUGAAAACCACUACUGAACUGUGCUGCCUUGGUAUUCGCAACCAAUAUCAAUUUAUCCCCCAAAAUAUCAACUCCAGUUUUCCCCACAUGUUCCUUCGACACUCGCCAAAGCAUGCCGUUGCCGGGGGAGACACCGCGCGUGGGUGGAGGCUCCAGUGUGUCAAUAAGACUGGAGGUGGAGCACUCCCUUUGGACUUUGGCAACGAGGCACAGCCCGCUUUGUUACUGACAGUUGUGGAAUGUGUCCAUGACAAUAACCCAGACGUACUACCGACACAACAGUCAUCAUCGUCCUUUCAGACGUACUUGACUGACAUGUUUACGACGCCGUUUCCUUGCAUGGAACCUAAUAGAAUCGAAUGGAAUAACAAGGGCUUCCCUCUCGUCUUUAGAGAGGGAAUACCCUUUUUUUUUAUUUUCCCCACAUGCGCUCGCUCUAGGCCACACCCAUUGUAUUGGCGACGCCUUGUUUAAAAAAAUAACUAAAUAAAAAAACGGACCCCAUUAAAACUGACAAUAUAUCAUAACAUAACCACACAAAUCACUGACAAAAAAUAAUGUAAUUAAAAAAAAAAGUGUUUUAUUUGUCUCUGUUGUCACGAGACGGUUUGGGGUCUCUGGGAGAAGGGUUAGGAAAGUCAAAUGACAGCUCAAACUGAAAGCCCUUCCUGCCUUUGAUUUUCAAAGUAAAACAUGAGGCAGGCUAUGAAGGAAAGAGAGUUUCUGUUAUACUUUGUCACAAAUGUGUCGCUGCAAUAUACUGACAUAUGUGGGAACUUUGGAGUGUGGGCCGUUAAGGUUGGCAAAGGAACAAUGAAACAUUUCGGAUGAAAAAGCAAAGGGAGAUUUUAGCUUGAAAGCAUGGGGUGUGUGUGUGUGUGUGUGUGUGUGUGUGUGUGUGUGUGGAGCGUUUGGUUGUGAGCUGAUAGCAGCUCUUGUCUGAAGGUGCAUCCUGUCACAGCUUAUCGGGAUAACGCGAGCGAAGUACCUCAGCGACUGUGUCAUCCUUCCAUCUUUGCCCUUUGAGCAUUUCUAGUGUCUGUUUUAAUUUUGAAAGCAGAAUUCUCUUGCUUCCUGUCCCAUGACGUCAACUUGAUGACUGCCUUUUAUCGGGGGCUCGAAGAACGGGGAGGACUUCAGCGUGGAGAAAGCCGCGUCUCUGUUUCACCGGCCCGACAAGUUGCAGCAGGAAGAGUCACUGGAUUGGAAGCGUUUGGCCUCAAGCUGGCCAACAUGGAACUCCUUUUUCUACUGGGAAGCAGCACGCACUCAAAGCUCACAUCUCUACUCUUCUUCUGCUGCUGCUGCUUUGUGUGGAGAUCAGAAGCCGACUGUCCCAUGCCUCAGAGAGGGAAAAACACCGUGUUGAGCGACCAGGCGCUCCUGAUGAAUACAUUUCCGGAGGGUUCCAACAUCACGUUGGUGUGUUUGAAUGGCUUUGAAAAAGAGUCGGGCUCGGAUGGCGUAAGUUGCCAGGAUGGCAACUGGACUCGUAUUGAGCUCCUCUGCAAAAAGAUCGACUGCGGUGUCCCUAAAUCUCAACUGAACAUGAAAUUCAACACCAGUGCCGGCACCCUCUUCAGGGACGUUGUGAAAGUCACGUGUGAUAAAGGUUACCAGAUUAGCGGCUCCAGCUACAAGCAGUGCUACCCAGGGGGCUGGAUGGGAAAAGCCAAGUGUCACAUUAAAACGUGCAAUAAGCCCGCAGAGGUGACCAACGGCAAAAACUCGUGGGAUUCCAAAGUCCUCCCAACGUACGGCCAGGUGAUCCUGUACAACUGCGAUGAAGGCUACACGCUCACUGGGAACGACACCGUCCAAUGCAGCGAGACGGGUGAAUACGACUCUUUGCCUCCAGAAUGCAAAGCGUCAACGAGUCAGUCGACCACGGCAGCGGCAGCUCAGAGAGAUAAAAUUAUCAUGGGCGGCGCAGAAGUCACCACGCGGCGAGAUGGCGGACGCGCGUUGACGACGGAGGAAGCGGUGGGGACGGCGGCGAGCAAUGUGACGCCAUGCCCGACAUCUUUCUUUCCAGAAACGCAUGACGCGGCCACAGGCGCCAACAAGGUUAUCGUGGUAUGCACAGGGGCGCUCUGUCUGCAUCUGUGUCUUCUCAGGAGGAAAGGCUCGUAUGACACCAGAGAAGACGUAAAGCCCGAGUUCUUACUUUUCCAAAACGUCUAGAAGUCCGGCCUCGCUCAAAGUUGGAAGCAUGCCUAUCUGCUGAAGAGCAUCUGGGAAGCCAGGAAGGACAUGCCAACACACUGGAGCAGUUCCUCUGAAGGGAAUCAAGGGAAAAAAAGGAAUUUGAUAAAUAAUAUUGCACUUCCACUGGCAGGCCAUUCUGUUGAGUCAAUGUGUCGCCAGUCCAAUGAUAGUCCACUGGUCAAGCACUUUCAUUUUUAUUGUUACAUUUGCCACGCAGUUGUAAAUAUUUAAUGUUACCGGAAGUAUUUUUUAUGAUAUUUUUGUAUAUUAAUAACUGGAAUAAAUUGUGUCGAUGGUCCCAAA